GCGCUCAGCUCGGUCCAUAUUUAAAGCAAAGAAGAAGAAGCGGCACCCGGACGUGUGUGUCACUGUUAGCUCGCGGCGCCUCUGCUCCUUUAAUUAAUUAAUUAAUUAAUUAACUCAUCGUUCAUAUAACGACAGGUGAAUGUAGCGUCGGACCCGUGUGGCCGCCGGUCAGCUGCGUCACACACAGCGGGCUCGGCUCGGCUCGGUUCGGUCCGCUCAGGCUGUGACGAUGAUCCCGGUUCCGCUGCUGGUGUGUGUGGUGGGCGCGUGGUGCGCGGUGUACCUGCUGGACACGCUGCUCAAGUCGUCGGUGACCCAUCGGAUCAGCUACGAGUCAUGGUUGGCGAGUCGAGGGCUGAUGUUGUCUCCUUUCCACGUGAGAUGGCAAACCACCAUGUUCAACCGGCUGUUUGCGUACUGCGCCCGCAUCAACCCUCACGUCCUCUACCUGUGGUUCAACAGCGGCCUGGUGUUCGGCAUAGUCGCCAUGCUGGGCUCGGUGGUGCUGCUGACGAAGACGCUGCAGCAGACGCUCGCUCAGAUGACCACAGACAACCCUCGGAUGGGAAGUCAGCAGGCCCUGCAGGUGGUGGUCCCCGGGGUCAAUCUGCCCACCAGUCAGCUGGCAUACUUCUUCAUCGCCCUGAUGCUCAGCGGAGUAAUACAUGAGCUGGGCCACGCCGUGGCAGCAUUGAGGGAGCAGGUGCGAGUGAACGGCUUCGGCAUAUUUGUGUUUGUGCUGUAUCCCGGUGCCUUUGUGGACCUCUUCACCACACACCUCAACAUCAUAUCACCCACUCAGCAACUCCGCAUCUUCUGUGCCGGAGUGUGGCACAACUUUGUCCUGUGCGUGGCGGCGUUGGCCUUCCUCUUCCUGCUGCCCCUCUUACUGUUUCCCGCCUACUCCACCGGCGGCGGGGCUCUGGUCACCGAAGUCGUCCAGGGCUCGGCAGCCGACGGUCCCCGGGGUCUGUCCGUCGGCGACAUAGUGACCGGGCUGGAGGACUGUCCCGUUCGGGGAGUGGAGGACUGGAGCAGCUGCCUGUCUCACCUCUCUCGCACUCCGCAGACCGGAUACUGCGUCCCGGUCGCCAGCCUGCAGCCCAGCUGGGCUCACGGACGAGCUUUCAAGCGUCUGGAUGGAACGAUGGACUGCUGCAGCAACAACAGCCUGACAGACCUCUGCUUCUCUUACAUGAAGCCACAGGGCAGGAACGGCAAAGAGAGAGAGUACGCCUGUAUGCCGGUGCGUAAGAUGGUGACGGGGACGCGGAUGUGUCGCACGGACGACGACUGCGCCGCGCACUCCCACGCCGCCAGCGUUUGCGUCACGCCGUCGCUGGAGAACCAGACCCGCUUCAUCCGUGUCACGCACCCGCCCAGCCCCCACAUGCUGUUCGUGGGGUAUCCGCCGCACCUUCAGUACGCCGUGAGUCUGACCAACUUUGUGCCCCGCUUUGGUUUCCUCCACCUGGAUCUGCCCGUCUUCUUGGAGACCUUCUGCAAAUAUGUGGUGUCCCUCUCCGGCGCGUUAGCGGUAGUAAACUCAGUGCCGUGCUUCGCCCUCGACGGCCAGUGGAUGCUGAACGCCCUGCUGGAGGCCACGCUGGUUACCGUGGUGACGGACCGUCAGAAGCGCGAGCUCAUCGGCUUCUUCCUGCUGCUGGCGGGCAGCGCCCUGCUGGCUGCCAACGUGGCUCUGGGCCUGUGGAUGGUCACGGCACGGUAGCCACAGCGGUCCGCUGCUCCGUCAAGACAGAAAGCUCAAAAUGAACAAAAAAAAAAAAAGCUCCAUGCGGACUGAGAGCUGUUCUCUCGGGGUGUGUUUGCCACAUGUGGACCGUUAAACUGUGAACAGACUGCAUUACCCAGCAGUGCUGCCUGAUUUCUGGACACGGUUGUUGAGGCUUUACCGGACCACCAGGGAAAACACUUGACUUUCACCAUAUACAGAAAAAAAGCACACGCACACCAAAAAAUGAUGCACUUGCUGUAAAGCACUGUCCUACCUGACUGUUUACAAAGACAAUAUUUCCAAAUAUUAAUAUCUGUACUGUGUUUGUGUUUGAAGUCAGAGAGGAAGCAGUCUUGGUUGUUUUCGAAGGGUUCGAUUCCAAUUAUUCCAUAUUUUCCUCGUUGGAACGGCGGCGAGGUUUAGUCGGUCUUGGCUUCAGCGUUGUUACGGAAAGAACAAAAUCAAUUUAAGCCAUCUUUGGACGAAAAAAAGUUGAACAAGCCUUCGUUUUUUUUCAGAGAAUGCAUGGCAAUACUUUGAUCUUCGAUUCCAUAUCAGUGUUGGAAAAACUUCACGUCCUCUCUAGCAAAUACGCAAAUUAGUUGAUUAGAUUAAAAAAAAGGGACUCAAAAUCAUUUCAAGGUAGGUAUCCUACACAUUUAUUCCAGUCCAGUCAAGUGUCUUUCUCCUCGGGCAUUGGUGAGGGAUAAUACUUCACCCUGGCUUCAAGUUUCAUUUGUAAUCUCUCGGCCUGUCACCGUCUGUGAUCUGAUUUGUCAAAACUGGAAUAAAAGAUUCAUUUUAUUGAA